UGGUCAGAGAUUAGAGGACUUGCACUUUCCCAAGGUUCUCCCACUAAUAGUAUACCUUUUUUAACUUUUUAACUCUGAAACCAGUUGUCAAGUUACAGGCUGCUCAGUGUCAAAUUUAGUCUGAUAACAUUCCUCUGGAGUACCCUGGGAGAGUUUACUAUGCUAAAGGCAGUGUAUAAAUGCCAGGUGUUGUUGGCAUCUGACAAAUGAGAUUUGCUGAUUGCGCAGCAAUCUAGUUUGUGAAGUUGGUGAUCAGCUGGACAGAAUAGAUUGAAGUUUCAUGUCUUUGACGACUUUGUGUAUGGCUCCUCACAGUACCACAGUUAAGACUGGGCUUCACUCUUCAAAGAUACAUGGAUUUGCAGAUCCUUAUUAGAAAGGUUUAACAAGCACAUCCCUUCCUUUGAGCCUCAGAUCAUGUCAGCACAGAGCAACAUCAACCUGGGACCAUCCGCCAAUUCCUUUGCCAAACCAACAGACUUUGAUUUUCUAAAAAUAAUUGGGAAAGGGAGCUUUGGAAAAGUUCUCCUUGCGAAACGUAAGUCUGAUGGUAGGUUUUAUGCUAUUAAAGUCUUGCAGAAGAAAAUGAUCCUGAAUAGGAAAGAUCAAAAGAACAUUAUGUCUGAACGCAAUGUGCUACUGAAGAACCUCAAGCAUCCUUUUCUGGUUGGGCUCCACUACUGCUUUCAGACAACAGAGAAACUUUAUUUUGUCCUGGACUAUGUUAACGGUGGUGAGCUGUUCUUCCAUUUGCAACGAGAACACACUUUUCCAGAACCAAGAGCUAGAUUUUAUGCAUCGGAGGUGGCCAGUGCCAUAGGAUACCUGCAUUCACUCAACAUCGUGUACCGGGAUUUGAAGCCUGAAAAUAUUCUCUUGGAUUCUCAGGGCCAUAUUGUACUGACAGACUUCGGGCUUUGUAAAGAAGUAAUAGAACCAACAGGAACAACCUCUACUUUCUGUGGGACACCUGAGUAUCUUGCCCCAGAAGUUUUACAAAAACAACUCUAUGAUCGCAAUGUUGACUGGUGGUGCUUUGGUGCGGUCCUCUUUGAGAUGUUGUUUGGACUGCCUCCCUUUUACAGUCAAGAUGUAGCUGAAAUGUACAAUAACAUUCUUCACAAGCCGCUCUACUUGCCUAUGGGAAUAUCAGCAGCUGCUCGUGAUAUUCUGAUGGGACUCCUACAAAAAGACCAGAAGAGAAGAUUAGGAGCUGAAGCAGAUUUUCUUGAUAUAAAAAAACAUGCAUUUUUUUCAUCCAUUAAUUGGGAGGAUAUCUACCACAAGAGAAUUACCCCACCAUACAAUCCCAAUGUGGCAGGCCCUGGUGACCUCCAGCAUUUUGAUCCCGAAUUCACUGAAGAAAUUGUCCCUAAUUCUGUGGGACGCAUUCCUGACUCUACUAUGAACAGCCCAACAACAACAAGUGCAUUCCUGGGAUUUUCCUAUGCUACUACAGAUGAUAAUUUAAGAUGAUAACUAAGUAUUUAGGUGAUCUGAGAAACUUAAAUGAACAUGCAAUCAGGAAGAAGAGAAUGUCACAGAUAAGAUGGCUUCAGCCCAAAACCUUCUGGAGAAAUUAAUGUUUAUUUUGAAAGAAAAAUGACUUGUUUACAGUCUUCUGAACAGUAUAAUGCAUAUGAGUAUGUGUUUUUGAAAUACUUCAUGUAGUCAGUCUCCCAUUAGAGUAUCAAUGUGCCUGUGCAACUCAAUUCUAAACAUGUAAGCACAUGAACAUUUACCUGGGUAAAAAUGUCCCCAUCUCUUCUCUACCUGUUUUGCUUUAAUGUUAUGCAUAUCUUUGUAACAUCCAGCCUGUAAUAUAUCUUGAUGUUGAUUUUGUUUGUUUUAGUCAUUAUGAGCAAGCUGACACUUAG